AUGGUCGACCAGCUGCUGCUGGAUUGUGCGCCCUCGGCCCACUUUGCGCUUGGACUGCAGACCAUGGACAACAUGAGCCAAACGACGAUCUUUGUCCAUGAGUACAACGCCUUGCGCAUCGCUGGCCGAAUGGCUGCGAUCCCGGCGCCGGACGCAGUCUCGGACCUCUACACGCGUCGGUCCCGGAUCUGGAUCGGCAGUGCGCGCGGUUGCGUGGCCACGGCGCGUGGGCUCUCGUUAGGCCUGACAAGGACUCAGGCGUCGACAUGGAGCGAUCUGAUGACGCCGAACGCGAAGGUGGCCAAGCAGCAAUACCACGACCGCAAGCUGCAAAAGGCACACGGCGUAGCGACCGGCGGAGCUGUCCCACGCACGAUGAUGACGACGGCGCUGAGUCGGUCGGUGCGGCUUUUUUCUCUUUUGCUACGCAAGCCGACCGACCUCGGCGAUCUGCGCCGGACGCUGGACGCCGAGUGGCACCGUUUUCUGCACCUUGACCUCGUUCAUGUCGGCAACGUCCUUGGCGACGUGCGGACCUCACUCGAGCGUCGCGUCGACGCAAUCGAGCCAACCCGCACGGCAAAAGCCGUUGUGAUGAUUCUACUGCGCUCGCUCGACGCCAAUGCCGACGACAUUACCGACUAG